UUAUCAUUUGUCAGCAAAAUGGCGUCGUCUGAAAACACUACGGAAGAAGUUUCGACUAUUAAAAUAACUGUUGUUCGUGGAAAUAACCUGCAAGGGAAAAAGGCAGGAAACUUCCAGAGUUUUCUGAAGGUUGAAAUGGAUGGAGUGGUGCUGGGAGAGUCGGAGAAGAAGCAGUUCGAUCCUAUGGAGCAACGUGUUGACUACAACUUCACCUGCAGCUUCCACUGCCCCAGUGAUGCUCAGGCUCUCAGUGACAUGGCACAUAAACCGAUCAUAUUGACGAUCACAGAGGUCCUGCCUGAGGAGAAGAAAAUGGAGGCACGGACAGUGGUGCUGGGCCAAGCUGUGGUCGAUCUGCUGCCACUGCUGCAAGGUCAGUGCAGUUUCUCGUCCACUGUCCCAGUGAAACCAGUGACCAGCCCCCCAGUCAAAAUAUCCUCCCAGCAGUCGACCCUGGAUGUGUGUGUCAGUGUGUCGGCUCCGGUUCUGUCUGAGGCUGAGCUCUCUGCCUCCAACCUGCUGAAGGUAACCAUAGAGACGGCCUACUCCAUCCCCGAGUCAUGGAUGCUGCUGUCUGGCCCCGCCCCCACUCCCUCCUCGUACACUGCUGCCUUGGAAGUCCCACUUACCGCACAGAAAGAUCAGGUGCUGGUGUUCUGUGAAGGGCAGCUGAAGGCAGGGGGGCACAGGGAGGAACAGGGCAGACAGAAGAAGAGGCCCCAUCAGGCUCUGCUGGUCCCAGGGAACCACUUCAUGCCCGGGGCCUUUUUCCAGGCAGAGCCCAUCGAAGAGGAGGACGGCGAGCUGACUGGCUUGGAGGACCGGGAGUUUCGUGAUGAGGCAGAAGCCACUAAGAACAGGGUGAGCUGGGACACUGAGAUGUGCUGCCUCCUGGAUGGAGGAGGAACUGACAGGCUACGGCAGAGGAUCGCUGAGAGCAGACUGUGGCCGGUGGAGAUCACGAGGUUGUUGGCUCCGCUUGGAAAGGAAGCAGAAACCAAGCAGCUAGCUGAGGAGAACCCAGAGAUCCCCUUCCACGGCGUGGCGUUUGUGGACAUGGGGCGGCUGCUGUAUCCCGGAGUCAGCUGCGUCCGAGGAGCAUACAGCAUUCAGCCGUUCUCUGAGGCCGAGUUACUGAACAAGGCCAAGCGGAGUGUCAGUGUGUUAAAGGAGCAGGCCAAGGCUGCAGCCAACCAGAUCAAAGCUCGUGCCAGCUCGGCCGCUGGCUCUCACAAGGGGAGGGCCGGGAAGAACUUGGAUGGCAACAAGGGAGCCAAGGAUUCAAAGGAGCCAGCCAAAAAGCAACCUGCCAAUCAUAGCAAGACAACAUCCGAGAGCGUGACCGACAGCCUGACCGAAACCGAGCCGCACGUCAAUACAGAGGGAAAUAUGUACCUGGAGGCCAGAACUUACAUUAUCAUUGAGAUAGCCUUGGAGAAACCGCUGGUACCCAGAACGUCUCCAGAGGAACUGAGCAGAAGGGUGAAGGCAUUAAUCCCUCCCAGACCGCCACCUCCAGCGGGUCCUAGCAGAGCAGAAAGAGCAGUGCUGGACUUCCACAGGCAGGUAGCCAACGUGAUGUCCCAUGUUUCAGACCAGUAUGAGGAAUUGUUUGGAGCGGGAGGCGAACCGUUGCAAGACAGCAGCCGGGAGCAAAUGAAGGUUCAGCUGAUGGGAGCGCUCAACGUCUCCGGGAGGUACUUCGCCUUCAAGGAACAGAUGAAGCAUGCAGUGGUGAGGCUUGUACGAGACAAGAUGCAGAGGACAGCGCCAAUCACUGACCCUGAGGAGCUAAAGGCUUUUGUCAGCAAGCUCUAUGUCUACCUGGUGGAUGAGAUGCACAUAGCUCUCGGCAAGAUUUAUUCAGAUGACGUAGAUGAUGAUGACUCCUCGGACGUGAUCCUGUUGAGUUCGUCUCAGCUCAGACGUUUUGCCAGGGAGGCUCAGCUUACAGGGGAUUAUCAGCAGGCUGCUCAGUACUACCAAGAGCUGGUGGUGAGACACCCCCGUGAGCCCUCCCACAUGUUUGAGUGGGGGAGCCUAUACAUGCUGACUGGAGACUACAUGAAGGCCAAAGAGUGCUUCCAUGAUGCCGUGUCCAUCCAGCAGGAACACCAGCCCAGCCUGAUGAUGUGUGGCGUCUUGGCUGCAACGUUUAAGCAUUAUGAGGAGGCCCAGACCUUCCUGGAGCAGGCCGCCAGCACAGACCCCCCCAGUGUGGUGGCCUGGACGCUGCUGGGUUUACUCCACGAGAGCCAGAACCAAUCCAUCCUGGCGGAGAGGGCUGUUCUGGAGGCCAGGAGGCAGCUGAAGGCAGACGAAGCAAAGGAGCAAGCACAGAGGGAGGAGGAGAAGAAAGACAGCGACAAGAAAAAUGAGGAGGAAAAAGACCAGCUAGAGGAGGUGGAAGCAGCCAGUCCUCCGUGUCAGUCUCCCACUGUUAAUCAAGCCCCAGAGUUUGUUGACGAGGACUCAAAGAUGGACAAAGAGCAGAAUCUCAGCCCCGGAUCAGUUCCUGCAAAGUUUUCUACCACCGUUUACACAGAGGCUGUCCAGUUCCUGCUGCAGAACAAUGCCCUGCAGAUGGCAGAGCACGCCCUCUCCCAGGAGCUCCUGUGUUCACACGGCGGUCUCAGCGUCUCAUACCUGCUUCAUCUGGCCCAGCUGCAGCUGCUCAAAGCCGACUACUGCAGUGCGGCUGCGAGCCUCAGGGAGGCGCUGUUUCACAGAGAUCAGGAUCCGGACGCGUGGGCUCUGAAUGGUCACUGUCACUACCUGCAAGAGGCGUUCAGGGACGCCCAGUGGAGCUAUGAGCGGAGCCUGAGCUUCCUGCAGCAGCCUUCAGACAUUCACCUUGUCCUCCUCCGCCUGGGAUCCAUCUACCUCCAGCAGGGGCAGUUUGAGCAGGCCAAAGUCAUCUACCUGCAGGCUUGUAAGCGGUCUGCAUCCUGCCUGACCUGGCUGGGCCUGGGCACCGCCUGUUACCGGCUGGAGGACCUGCACAUAGCUGAGGAAGUUUUGACUGAGGCCAACCACCUGAACAACCAGAAUGCAGAGGUGUGGGCUUACCUCUCUCUGAUUUGCCUCAGGUCCGACAGACGAGAGGAAGCAGAGCAGUUUUAUAAAUAUGCAAAAAGGUUCAACCUGCAGAAGGAGUCGCUGCUCAAAGAGUUCGACGAGCUGAAGAGCCGGCUCCGCUUCAGUCAUCUGGUUUCAUGCUUUGGAACGAGCUCUGAAGCGGGACUUUAAAUCAGAAAACCUCCUGAGACGCUCCGGCCUUGCUACGAUAAUAAAUCUUACCAGAUUUUGGCACAGUCCUCCUUACACUGGAAGGAGAUGUAAUGUGGAAUAUAUUGUUUGGCUACCAUCCCCAUCGAAUAGAUUUAUAAUAAAUGUGUUGCAAGUAGUGCAUCUUAAGCGGGAAUGUUUAUUUUUGUCUUAUUUUAAAUUUCCAAAAUGUAACUGUGACUGUAAAUGUAUAGCAAAUAAAUUUUAUGCACCUUUAAUACAA